GAUACCGGUAUCCUUAUCUGUAAAUGCCCAUGCAAUAAUGUCGGAGGAAUACGUCUUAGAGUGGGUUAUAUACAGUGUAUUGUAUGUUUUCUUGAUUGUUUUAUUUUACAUAAACAUUUAUUUCAUUCUUGCAUUUUUGAUCGUGUAUGUAAUACUUCGGUUUGCGCAGUCUAGAUGCAAGAAACUACUUCCGGUGAAAAGUAAAGCUGUUCUCGUCACUGGUUGCGACAGAGGUUUUGGACAUCACUUUGCUCGAUACUUGGAUGACGUGGGAUUUGUUGUCUAUGCAGGAGUUCUCAACAAAGAUGGGCCAGGUGCAAAGAAGCUGAAGUCCAAAAGUUCCAAGAGACUUCAUGUUCUCCAACUGGACGUGACCAGCGAUAAAGACAUCAAGAAUGUCAUCGAGUAUGUCAAUUCAAACACCAAAAGUAAAGGUUUAUGGGGUGUUAUCAACAACGCUGCCGUGAACGUGCUUGGUGAUGUAGAAACCGUACUAAUGGAGCAGUACGAGCGUUGCUUGUCCAUCAACUUGUAUGGAAUGAUACGUGUCACUCAAAACGUGCUCCCGCUGAUACGACAGUCUCGAGGAAGAAUUGUGAAUAUAUCUAGUGUCAUGGGUAGAUAUUCGUUUCCCGGAGAUAGUCCAUACCACAUCUCCAAGCAUGGAGUGGAGACCAUGACGGACAGCCUGAGAUUGGAAAUGCGUGCCCUUGGUGUUGGCGUCAGCAUCGUGGAACCAGGAAAAUACGACGCUGCUACAACAUGCAGCAACCCAGAAAUUGUGAAAAUCCGCCGUGAUGAGGUUGACGUGCAGUGGGAGAAGGCGUCAGAGGAAGUGAGGAGUUUCUAUGGGAAAGCUUACUUCUACAGAUUUUUCAAGGGGGACAACAGAAAGAACUCGGCGGAUUCUCCUGAUAAGGUUAUAGACGCUGUAGUGGAUGCUCUGCUCAAUGAAACUCCAAAGGCGAGGUACAUGGUCCCCGGGAGCACCAGACUCUUAGAUAUAUACACGGAAUUUGCUAGAUUUAACGGAUUUCUUCCCGAAAUCAUUAGUGAUGUCAUCUUCACCUGGUUCACGGGAUCUCACAGACCGCUGAAGAUCAAAUAGUGCUGUAGCUAGACUACGGGGAUCUCACAGACCGCUGAAGAUUAAAUAGUGCUGUAGCUAGACUAUGAACUCUUUUGGAUGGGUUUAUUUUUUGCUACAUUGUGCGUUUAUGUUUUAUGUAUCUAUAAUUCAUAUAGUUUUAAUACACUUUAAAUUGAAAUAAAACAUUCCUUUAAAAUAA